UUAUAGAUUUUCCGUGAUCGUACGUGAGAUCAAACGAUCAUUGUAUUACGUAAAAUUAUGGAUGAUAAUGGCGAAGAAGAAUGUGUUGCGGUUAAGCUACGUGAAGAUGAAUUUAGUGGUUUAAUAGGAAAUGUCGCAGGCUCUAUUCUUCGUGACAAAGUUGGCGGUACUGCAGGCGAUAUUCUUGGUAAUCUGGUAGGAAGUGUUGGUGGCCAUGGAGCAGGAGGUGGUGGAUACAAUCAAGGAGGUGGUUACGGCGGUCAUGGAUAUGAUCAGCGAGGAUAUGGUGGAGCAGGAUUUGGUAGUGGUUAUGGAGGUGGUCAAGGUUUUGAUUACGGUGGGAGAGGAUAUGACAAUCGUGAUAGAAAUGAAAACAGAGAGCGUAGUGGUAAAAAUACUGGUGCAAUGGAACUGGUUGGAGAUCUAAUUGGUGGAAUAUUUGGCGGUGGAAAAAGUCGUGACGAUGGUGCUAGUGGUAGAGGUAAUGAUGGUUACAGUGAUUAUCGAAGUGGUGGUAGCAGUGGUUACAGUGAUGGUUACGGUCGGAAAAAACCGGAAAAAAUGCGUAAGCUUGUUUCUAUCUACCUUUUUGCUUCCAAUAAGCGAAGCAGAAAAAAACUUUGCCAAUUUUCAAUCGAAUAUUUUGAUCUAACAUAA